AUGCCGGCAGCCCGCGCCGGGCCCCGCCGGGCCGCCCUGCGCCCGCAACAUCGCGGCGCCCCGUCUGUGCUGAGCCGCCCUGCGCUGGGCACCUUCUCCGCCCCGCUCGCCUCCUCCUCCCACGGAGCCACCCUCCUCCUCCGCCCCCUCUCCUUGCCAGCCUCCUCCCCGCCCUUCCCCGCACUCCACGCCGGUGCCGGAGCCGCGCGUCACUCGGGCUCCAGCCCCGCCGCAGACAUGGCGACGCUGACAGCGGUCCAGCCGCUCACGCUGGACAGAGAUGUUGCAAGAGCAAUUGAGUUACUGGAGAAACUGCAAGAAUCUGGGCAAGUACCAGUACACAAGCUACAGUCCCUAAAGAAGGUGCUGCAGAGUGAGUUUUGUACAGCUAUCAGAGAGGUGUAUCAAUACAUGCAUGAAACCAUAACUGUUACUGGCUGCCCCGAAUUCCGAGCCAGGGCCACUGCAAAGGCAACAGUUGCUGCUUUUGCUGCAAGUGAAGGCCAUUCCCACCCACGAGUGGUAGAGCUGCCAAAGACUGAUGAAGGCCUGGGCUUUAAUGUCAUGGGAGGAAAGGAGCAGAACUCACCUAUUUAUAUUUCUCGUAUCAUUCCCGGCGGCGUGGCGGAAAGGCACGGAGGGCUCAAGCGGGGGGACCAGCUGCUCUCGGUUAAUGGAGUGAGCGUGGAAGGAGAGCAUCAUGAGAAGGCGGUGGAGCUGCUGAAGGCGGCGAAGGACAGCGUCAAGCUGGUGGUGCGCUACACGCCCAAGGUGCUGGAGGAGAUGGAGGCUCGCUUCGAGAAGCUGCGAACAGCACGGCGCCGCCAGCAGCAGCAGCUGCUCCUCCAGCAGCAGCAGCAGCAGCAGCAAACCACACAGCAGAACCACAUGUCGUUAUUCUCAAGGAAAAAAAAGCCUCGAUCAAGAGCUCAGUGA